AUGCUCCGCCGCCCCGCAACAACCCUCGCCAUAACGGCAGAGGACAUCGCCUCCUACGAAGACCGCCGCGCCCGCGAGGCCAUCGUCCGAGAACGGCAGGUCCUCGUCCAGGCCCAGCAGCAGCAGCAACAACACCAAGCCGCCCUCGCCGCCCAACAGCAGCAGCGGAUCCUUCAGCAACAACAGGCACAGCAGCAGCAGCAUCCCUUCUCGUCACCCGUACCGCAGCAGCAGCAAUCCUCGCCGCAGCAUCAUCCCCAGCAAAGGUAUACGCAAGCUCAGAUCCACCAAAUGCAACAAAUGCAACGCCUCCAGCAACAGCAGCAGCAGCAGCAGCAGCAGCAGCAGGGCCCAGAUGACGAUAGCAUGCUUACGGCAGACGUCGACGUCGACGAAAGCUUGGAGUACGACGAGGUGCAACAGCGGGAGCUGCUCAGGAGGCAACAGGAGAUGAUGAGGGCGCAGAGGGGCCAGAGCGGGCGCGGCGGCGGCGGAGUGCAGACUACGCCUACGCCGGGGGAUGGGAGCCGUGGGGGACGGACGAGGGAGGAGAGGAUCGGUGUUGGCCGGCGUGGGAGGUGA